UGUCCAGUGUAAUAUAUAUAUCAGUGAUUUGUGGUUGUAUAAUGUGUAUGACAUAAAAUGGAUACGAGACAUACAUCUUGAACUAAAAGCAAAACAAAGAAUUAUCUUGGUAAAACCCGUUUGAUAUAGUAGAUAACACGAAAAUGUCAAAUGAGAGGAAAGCUGCCGAGCUUAUGGCUCAGGCAGACCAAAAAUUCAAAUCGUCACAAGGCUUUCUAGGUGGAUUAUUCGGAGGUGAAACUAAAAAGCAAGAUGCCGUGGACUUAUAUGUUCGAGCUGCAAAUACUUAUAAACUGGCAAAAAAUUGGGGGGGUGCGGGAAAUGCUUUUUGUCAGGCAGCACAGAUUCAGAUCAACUUCCUUAGGAAUAAACAUGAAGCUGCAACUCACUAUGUUGAUGCAGCAAACUGUUAUAAGAAAUCCGAUAAUAAUGAAGCAAUCACCUGUUUGAAACAAGCCAUUGAUAUUUAUACUGAUAUGGGUCGAUUUACAAUAGCAGCAAAACAACACAUGGCAAUUGCUGAUAUUUACGAAAGCAGUGUUAUAGAUCUGGAACAGGCCAUUACCCACUAUGAACAGGCUGCAGAUUUCUAUAGAGGAGAAGAAUCAAAUAGUUCUGCCAACAAAUGUUCUUUGAAAGUAGCCCAGUAUUCCGCUCAGAUGGAGAACUACCAAAAAGCCAUUGAAAUAUACGAACAAGUUGCAGCUGAUGCCAUUGAAAGUUCGUUGCUAAAGUACAGUGCCAAAGAAUAUUUCUUCAAAGCCGCUUUGUGUCACAUGUGUGUAGAUGUACUGGAGGCACAGCGCGCCCUAGACAAAUAUUGUGACAUGUAUGCUGCAUUUCAAGACACGAGAGAAUGCAAAUUGUUGAAGGCACUACUUGAUGCACAGGAGGAAGAAAACGUUGAAGCAUUCACAGAAGCUGUGAAAAACUACGAUAGUAUUUCAAGAUUAGACCAAUGGCUGACGACAAUAUUGCUUAAAAUCAAGAAAGGAAUUAGCGAUGAACCAGAAUUGAACUAAAAAAAUUCCAAUGAAGCUAUGAAUCAUGUUUACCAUUUACUUUUAGGUACAUCCUUACAUGUCCUCUGUAGGGAAAACCACAAACAAUUCUCUUAUAAAAUAUAUUAAUCAGAAUUACACUGAGGAGGCAAUUAUUAACAUCAAUAAUGUUGUCUGUUUAUUGUUAAAUAAAACUAUUGUCUUCGUCUGCACUUUUA